UCAAGAACGAGUCCACAUUAUACAAACAAACGCGGCUCUGAGUCUUCUCACUCAUCCAUCCCAAUUCUCUCUCUGUUUUGUCUUCUUCCAUGUUCUGCCUCCCAUUCUAAACUUCCAAUUAGUCUCCCUUCCGUGCUACCUCUGCAAAAAUUUUGGUCUGGUCAACGGCUCAAAUCCAGGAGCUCAAGGUUCAUGUUCAUGGAUCUUUGCCUUCAUGGGAAGAUUGCUUAUAUCCUAGCCUGCUCUGUUUCCUCUUGUGUGGGUGUCACUUAUCAGAGCUUUCAAUGAGAAUUCCUCUGCUUUCAUGGCUAUUCUUAGUGCCCAUUUACUAUGUUUCACUCAGCUUCCAUGUAUUUGUGGUAUCUAGCCAAUGUCCAAUCGAUCAGAAAUCUUUGUUGCUUAAAUUGAAGAACAGCCUCAAUUUUUCCUCUACAUCAUCUACAAAACUUGCACAGUGGAAAAAUGGCUCAGAUUACUGCGUUUGGGAAGUACAUCGAGAACCUGAAUUUGGCUUACAAUAACUUCAACAAUACUCAGAUUCCAUCCGAGUUCGACAAGCUGACCCGUUUGAGUUAUCUGAACCUGUCAAAUGCUGGUUUUGUGGGGCAGAUUCCAAUUGAGAUUUCACACCUGGCAAGGUUGGUAACUCUUGAUUUAUCUAGUGCCCCUUACUUAUCUGUAAUAACUCCGAAACUUGAGAUCUCAAAUUUGAGUUUGCUCAUUCGGAACCUUUCGGAGCUUAUUGAACUUUAUCUUGAUGGUGUGAGCGUAUCAGCACAGGGAACUGAGUGGUGCGAAGCAAUAUCGUCUUCACUGCCAAAGUUGAAGGUGCUGAGUGUAAAAUUGUUAUAGAAGAUAUUGUGCCGGAAUAAAUAAUUCUAUUGAUUGUA